AAUCGAAAUAAGAAUGAGAGGAAAGAGUUCCUAUUUUUGUUUCAUAGGAAAAGUUAAAUCUGAAAAACACUUUCUUUUAGUGCGUGGAACUUUCUUUAAUGUUUGGACUAAGUUUGCAGACAGAAUGUUUCAGUGCAAGAUUUGUUCAAAGACAAUAAGGCUGAGAAAAUAAAGAAGCUCAUCAACAAGAGUCUUAACAAUCAUUUAACAAAAUCGAAAAUUAAAAUAAUAAAAUCCGAUGUCCUAUAAGCUAUUUUUGACUGAGGAAAAAGAUGGAAGCAACGGGGAGCUCUGAAGGCGGCGAUCUAAUCUCCGUCCUCAAUUAUAACAAUGAAGAUUUGGAGAUACACACAGACAGGACGGAUCGACUCUCAGUCAAAAUAGUUCAAAUGAAAGAUCUGAAGAAACAAGUGAAGUGUGUUUUUCUAAAAUUAAAAGUAGGUGGUUUUUCGCGGAGGUCAAAUCUGAUUAAGAAUACUGGAGAGCAGGAUGGAGCAUUGAAAGUGAACCAAGAUUUCUCUUUUGAAGUGAUUGAUCCACAGAGUGAUGUACUUUCCAUUCAAGUUUAUUGCAAAGGUGUGUUUGGGCUGGUGGAUUGCAUCGGAACCUGCAAAGAAUUGCCUGUGGAAAAUAUUUUGAAGCAUACUGAUGGUGAUAAUAAAGUAUUGGAGGCACAGUGGUAUGACCUUUAUUCCAAAGAUGGAAGAAAGAAACGUUCAGGGCAGAUUCUGAUGCAUGUUAUAGUAGGCGCCAAAGAGGUAGAACAGAGGAUGCGUGCUUUUGUUGGAACUUGGAAUGUGGGGAAUUCCCAGCCGCCACUGGACUUAUCAGCAUGGCUUCCAACAGAUGCUCGUUAUGAAAUAGUAGCUAUUGGAACACAGGAGAGUGAUUAUCAACCAAGGGCACCAUUUACAGAAUGUGGGAAGGAUUGGUUGGAAACUUGCAAGAACAAUGUUGGAAGUCAAUAUAGAAUAGUCCAUUAUGCUUCAAGAGGCCAAAUGCGCCUGGUGGUAUUUGUACGCGAUGAUGUAGAGAAAGCAGUAUCUGAUGUUGACAAUGGAAGUGAAGCAACUGGUGUUGGGCAUGUUAUUGCAAAUAAAGGAGGUGUUUGCAUUUCUUUUAAGUUCUGGGACACAGGACUUUGUUUUGUUAACAGCCACUUUGCAGCACAUGAUGGCCAGUGUGAAGCACGGAAUGGCAACUAUCGAGAAAUAGUAAGAGAGCUACGAGUUGGAUUUCAAAGCAUGGACCUUUUGAAUCAGUUCCAUCAUGUGUUUUGGAUGGGAGACCUUAAUUACAGACUUGACUUUACUAAAAUACAAGAAAAUCCUAUGACUCCAGAGAGGCAUUUUUGGCAUGCACAGGUGAAACAAAUCCUGGAUGGAAAUUUCAAGCAGCUACUACAGUAUGAUGAGCUAUUGAGGGAAAAGUCUGCAUCAAGAGUGCUUCAUGGAUUCAUGGAGGGGGAUAUUAAAUUUCCCCCAACGUUUAAGAUGCAAAAAGAAUCCAGUAAUUUAUACUGUCACAAGCGAAUGCCAGCAUGGUGCGAUCGUGUGCUUUGGCGGACUCUUGAAGGAUGUGAUGCAAAAAUUUUGACGUAUACUCAUUGUCCAACCAUUUUAACAAGUGACCACAAACCUGUUAGUGCAACCUUUGCAUUGACAACGCAUUCUCUUCCUCCCUCAAUCUUUGGCAAUACAACUGAUGAUAAUACAAGAUGGCAUAUUAGAUUUGCAUCAUUGAGAGCAAGUAACUUACGAGCUUCUGAUGUAAAUGGCUCUUCUGAUCCAUACAUUUUAUUUACUGGGCGCAAUUUAAUUCAAGACUUCAAAUCAAAAGUCAAGCACCAAACUCUUAAUCCAGAAUGGAAUAUGCAUAAGGAUUUGCCAAUUAUUGUUCUUUCCACAUUUUCUCUUCAGCGGCUAGAAAAGGAAUAUUUGAUGAUUCAAGUGCUUGACUAUGAUUAUGCAUCAGCCAAUGAUAGUUUGGGUUUCACAACAAUACACUUGGCACCAGUGGUAUCUGCAUAUACAAGUGGUCUUUGUGAACCCACAUUGUUCAAGGUGGAAAUUUUGCAUAAUGGAUUGCCUGCAGGUACUCUUGAAGGCAGCAUGAAAUUAAGUUGGGAAAAAAAUUCAAUCAGAAGAAAAUCUGGAAUCACAAGAAGUAUUAUAAGCAGAACCCAAAGCUUGCAAGAAAGCUUUAAGAAAAGAGUACCAGCCAAGUAGAUUAUUCAUUGAUUGUAUAUAUUUUGUUUGUUUCAGGGUGUCCAUUUUCACCCAUUCCAAAUAACUGCAAGCCAGGACAGAUUAGAUUAUUUAGAUAUUCUUAAUAUUUGAGCAACCACUGAAUAACUUUUCAGUAUUGAUACAACUAAUUCCUAUCACUGCAUCAAAACAUUUGGAGCUUCUAUGUGAGGAUAAAUUGAAAACUCUGACUGACAAAUUGAAGUUAUAUUUCUUAUGUGGAUCAUAUAUACUUGUAGUAUGAUCAUAUCAUGUACAAUAUGAAAAACUUUUUGGUUUGCA